AUGGAUGAAAAAGCAUAUGAAUUUCAACUGGGAAAAGAUGAUAGAUAUACUGUGAAACAUCCGCUCAAGUUGAACAUAUGGGGCUGUUUUUCCGUUUCAGGAUUCGGUGAACUAAUGUUUUCAGAGGAAUC